AUGUCUGAUAUCCCAGUGGAGCAGAAGCAGCCGUCCUCAGACCUGGAAAAAGAUUUGAUUGGAGCCCCCUUGGCUCAAUCGGCGUCUGUCAGAGCUGGAAAGGUCGAAGAAACUCAUGACGAUGAUGAGUUCGAAGUCUUUAAGCGAGGUGAAGGAGAUGUCGAUUUCCGCACUGUUGGAUGGAUCAGAGCUUCUGUGAUCUUCCUCAAGAUCAUCUUCGCUACCGGAGUCCUAGCCAUCCCAUCGGCAUACGCUAGUCUCGGUGCUCUCCAGGGCGCUCUCAACGUACUUGGAUGGUGCGCUCUGAAUACCUACACUGGCGUCAUUCUAGGCAACUUUCGAAACAGACAUGCCGGCUGUCAUUCUGUCGCUGAUAUGGCAGGGGUCAUUGGCGGUCCGAUACUCAGGGAAGGUGCUGGUCUGCUGUUCGCUGCAGCUUACGUUAUUUGCGCUGCUUCCGGCAUCAUCGGAUCGACUGCUGCUCUUAACGCUCUGUCGGAACAUACUAUAUGUACGAUGUGGUUCGCAUUCAUCGUCACUAUCGUAGUCGCUGCCAUGGCGAGUGCGAGAAAGUUCGAGACCAUGUCAUACUUUACCUGGGCUGGCUUCUUUAGUGUGUUCGUCGCUGUAUUCAUUGUGGUUGUUGGUGUCGCCGUUAGAGAUAGGCCUGCUGCAGCUCCAAGGACAGGAGACUUCGACCUCGGGUACCAUGUGAUCGGUCAUCCGAGCUUCGCUGGUGGUAUUACCGCUGCCGCAAACAUCUUCUCCUCCAGUGCGGGCACUUCUGCUAUGCUUCCAGUCAUCUCCGAGAUGAAGAACCCGAAGGAUUAUAAGAAAGCGCUGUACCUUUGCAUGGGGUUCGUCACUUCUGCAUACCUUGCAUUCAGUCUCGUCGUUUACGCAUACUGCGGCGAAUGGAUCGCAUCUCCAUCGCUGGGAAGUGCAGGCCCCUUGAUCAAGAAGAUCUCAUACGGCAUCGGUCUGCUCGGUCUUCUUGUCACACCCGCGUUGUACACUCACUGCGCAGCUAAAUAUUGCUUUGUGAGGAUACUACGCAAUAGUCAACACUUACAACGAAGUACAUUCGUUCAUUUUGCGACUUGGCUAGGCUGCACUGUUGUGCUCUCAGCCAUUGCCUUGAUUCUCGCAGCCGCGAUCCCCAUCUUCGACUAUAUCAUAGCUCUUGCUGGAAGUGUUUGCUUUGCUCCACUAGCAAUCAUGCUUCCUGCUUGUCUUUGGAUGUAUGACUUCAUGGAGUAUCGCAGAGGCACUUUGCUCGAGAAAGGCGCUUUCUAUGCACACGGUGCAAUGUUCGUCCUAGGCGUUUUCAUGAUGGUCGGUGGUACGUAUGGUACGGUGGCUUCUAUUGUCGAUGCAUAUGCUCAGGGCACUGUUGGAUCCGCCUUCUCCUGCGCGGACAACAGCGGUUCGAGUGGGUGA